UUAAGAACCGGGUGGCCAAUUCUGACAUUUCUGUAGUCAGUGACAAUUGUUGACAGUACGUAUUUCAUCCCAGGUGAGAGAUCUCAUCACUGGCGAGUUAAGUAAUAUAUGUUUCUAGUCUCCUUAAGUCUAGGAAAAGAAGAGAUCACAUCAUAGAUUUUCCUAUUGUUGCAGUCUGGUACAUCUAUCUAUUCUAUGCAGUUAUGUUAUUGCUAAGAUAUCAAGGACACUGCUGUUUCACAGACAUGAUGUGACACUGGACUGAUAGCAGAAGGCUGGAUGAUUAAUCAGUAUUAUCAUAACUCAUCAACUAAUCAAAGAUGGCCUCAGCCUUGAGAAAGCUUUUUAAAGGUGCCGACCGUCACAGGUCUGGCGACAGAGCUGGUGGAUGGAGACGUAAAAACAACAACAGUAACAAGAAUGAAUCACCAACUCAUCACAACCAUUCGGCAGCUAUGCGGUUCUUCGGUCACUGUCCUAGUCCUAGAGUGUCGAAACGAGAUACAAACAAAAUCAGCCCUGAAGAUGGUGCCAAUAACGCAAAAUCGGCAACAAAUGGUGCAUGUGGUGGUGAUGCAUUUAAUGCCAAUGUUGCCGACAAAGUAUCUUCCAAUGGUAACAUUGCUUCUCCAAACCGCAGUGUCCGUUUUAAGUCGUCCAAAUCGAAAUCUUCUCCAAAAAAGACUGUUCCAGAAGGUCCUUCUUCAAAGCACACCCAAACUGUAAGAACACGUCGCUUAAUGAAGGAAUAUCAGGAAAUCACCAAGAUUUCCAGAAGUAUGGAAAAGCCACCAUUUGUUGUCGAGCUUGUAGAUGACAACUUGUACGAAUGGAACGUGAAAUUGUACCAGAUUGACCCUGAAUCUGAUUUUUACCACGAUAUGCAAGAUGCAGAUAUUGGACAUGUCCUCCUCAACAUGGUCUUCCCUGAGAAUUUCCCUUUCUCCCCACCUUUUAUGCGUGUCAUUUCGCCACAUGUUGAGAAAGGAUUUGUGAUGGAAGGAGGAGCUAUCUGCAUGGAACUCCUCACCCCAAGAGGCUGGGCGAGUGCUUACACCAUAGAAGCAGUUGUCAUGCAGUUUGCAGCCAGUCUUGUAAAGGGACAGGGCCGUAUCGCUCGAAAAUGCAAGAAUGGGAAGGAGUUCAGCAAAAAAUCUGCCGAGGCCUCAUUUCGUAGUCUCGUCAAAACCCAUGAUAAAUAUGGAUGGGUCACCCCACCUCUUGCUGAUGGCUAAUUAUUGUCCAUGUUGUGCAACUCACCAAUAGAAUGGCCGACAUCCAACUGUGGCUUGCAUGUUCAUCGUCCAGUGUCAUUUAUAGUUUUGGCGAUCGUACAUUGUGAUCUCAUUUUAGUUAUUUAUGUGACGGUAUAUUUUCUUAAAUAUGUAGCUCUUGAUGUACUCCUAUGAGCGCUUGACGUUCACCUUUUGAAUUAUUCUUUUCACAUUUUACUCUAGUCCUGGAAUAUUUCGGGUACUAUGAUCUGAAUGCCAAAGACACUCACUCAUUUCACUCUAUUGAUGGAAAAACACCAUUAUCAUUUCAUGCCAAUACCUUCAUAUUUCACAUCGAUGAAAUAAUGCGAAGAUAUGUGCCGAUGGUGUGUUUUACAAUUGUAUUGGAUUCAAUGUUAUGUGUAGUUUACAAAUGUGUAUAAUUAUUCAUGCUAGUGAACUGCAAUGGAACAUCAAUACAACGCCAUCCCACUUAAAACGUCUUAAUUUACAAAUAUUCAGUUAAUUCAGACAACAAUGUUUUUUGUAGCUUCUAAUAUUGUAGGGAAUCUUGGAGUGAGAGGUGCUGGCUCAGGUAUUAACCAACAUCGUAGCCAUUCAUCAGGUUAAAAUUCUAAUUAAAAUUAAUGUUUUCCAUAUAAUGAAAGGGCUUAGUUGUUGUAACUCAACUAAUUAAAUUAGAUAAAUUAAUUGAUUCAUACAUUUAUAGACAAAAUUUCGUCUUACUGUAUGCAAUACAGUUUUGUUUUAUUGUAUGUUAAAAUUCAAGUGAUAUUUAAAAAGUCAAAAUCAUUUUUACUCAGUUUCCAAAUGUGGAUUUGCAUUGUUUCAUAAAGAUGACUAAGACCAAGAAUUCGGGUACGCGUUUUUAUUAUUAGAAGUUAGUUAAUUUUUAAAAAAUUAAAAGUUAAUUUUUAAUGUCAAAAAAUUCAAGGUUAAAUUAGUUUUGUUUUAUUAUAUGUCAAGAUUCAAGUGAUAUUUAAAAAGUCAAAAUCCUUUUUACUCAGUUUCCAAAUGUGGAUUUGCAUUACUUUAUGAUGAUGAGUGAGACCAAGAAUUAUGUUACACAUUUUUAUUAUUAGAAGUAACAGAGAAAAAAAUCGAGAAUGGCCAGUAAUGUUCAUAACAUUCAAGGUUAAAUUUUAAAGUGUUGCUUUGUAUUGAUGCUUGCCCUUAAAAAUAAUAUUCACUUGCAUUACAGGAGCAAAAAUAAUGGAUUUCGGGGAUUAAAAUGUCGACGACAAAAACUGUCAUUUUCUUUUUUUUUUUUUUUUUUCCUUUGAAUAGGAACGUAAACCGUCAUAUAUAAAUACAUUACAAAACCAUUGAGAACCAUAGAAUAAAUACUUUUCCUUUAAAUAAAAAAUAUGCCUAAUUUGAAUACUCAAGGCAUCCGAUUAAAAUGUUUGAUGUUUCAAUUUUAUUGACCGGCACCUCUCCUCCAUUUGCAUGGUAUAAAACGAAUGUAAGGAAAUAUAUGCCGAGAUAUAUGAACGAAUAUAAAAAAAAAUUCUUGCUGAGGAAUAUACAUGAAAUAAUUAGCAAAAAAUAUUAAUUUUGGAAAUAUGCUAUCUAAUAUAUAGUUUUAUACACUAACUUACUGAAUGACAAUUUUUACAGAAAAUUUAGAAUAAUACGAAUUAGGAAGAAAUACGAAUUCUAAAUUCAUAGCUAAAAUGUUUGCGGUUUUUUUGAUGUUUUUUUGAUUAUUUUGAUAUAAUUUUUGUAAAAUGUUUGAUGUUUUGUGAUGCUUUAUGAUUUUGUUAAAUGUGAUGCUAUGGUUCUGUUCAAUGUCAUGCUAUGAUUUUGUUUGUGAUGUUUGUUUGUGAUGUUCGUUGUGAUGUUAUGGUAUUGUUUAAUGUUUUGUGAUUCUGCUUUGAUAUUGUUCGCAUGUUUUACUUUCUUGCUUUGUUCUUGUACCUUUUCUAUUAUUAUUAUUCUGUUCAGAUUGUUUUACUACUAUUAUUUAUUUUAUAUAUCUGUACAUGUAUGCUACGUGAAAAAAGUUUUUUUUUUUGUGUAUGUAUCAGUUAUAUUUACAAAGCAUAGUCACGAAAAAAUUCUAAUUAUUUUUCAUUAAUGGUUGACGUGAUGUGUAAA